AGUGCGAGCUUGGCGCGCUUCCGGCGCGGGGUGGGGCAGGGCAGGCUGAACAGUGCUGCGGCGGCUGCUUCUUGCAGCGUCGCUUUCUCGGGAGGGCAUGCCCGUGAGCGAGUCCGGGCUGCCCGGAGGGCGGUUGCGUCGCUUCGUUCUUGGCCGCAGUGCUCGUGGGGUCGCUGGUGGGGAGCGGAGGGCACACGGACGAGUGCUCGGAGGGAGGGAGCACUCGCCAACCAUUGCAGUGAAUUCCUUUAAAAACAAAAGCCUUUUGUCAGGAAAGGAGAACUGAGAUAUAAUACAGUAAGAAAAACAGUAUGAUGGAUUCAGAAGGUUGUGCCACAGUGAACUCAAAGCAAGAUCUGAGUCAUCACAUAAAGGCUACAUCUGGUAAACAUUAUGUCUGUGGCUAUUGUGCUGCUUUCACAAACAUAGCAGUCACUUUUCCCAUCCAGAAGGUCCUUUUUCGACAACAGCUGUAUGGCUUGAAAACAAAGGAUGCAGUACAUCAGUUACAGAAAGAUGGAAUUCGAAAUCUCUAUCGUGGCAUCCUUCCUCCGUUAAUGCAGAAAACGACGACUCUGGCUCUAAUGUUUGGAUUGUAUGAAGAUUUCUCCUCAUUGCUCCAUAGCCACACAAGUGCUCCUGAGCUCUUCACCCGUAGCAUAGCAGCAGUGCUUGCAGGGACCACUGAAGCUCUUCUUACACCUUUUGAGCGAGUUCAAACUUUGCUUCAGGAUUACAAAUAUCAUGACAAAUUUACAAACACUUACCAGGCUUUCAAGGUACUGAAGGACUACGGUAUUAGAGAAUAUUAUCGGGGUUUGGUACCUAUCCUGCUCCGAAAUGGACCCAGUAAUGCACUCUUCUUUGGCCUGCGUGGACCCAUCAAACAAUGUCUGCCUGAAGCAACUUCUUACAGCACUCAUUUGGUCAAUGACUUCAUCUGUGGAGGGCUGUUAGGUGCCAUGCUAGGAUUCUUAUUUUUCCCAAUGAACGUUGUAAAAGCUCGCAUGCAGUCUCAAAUUGGGGGCGAAUUUCAGUCUUUCUCAAAAGUUUUUGUGAAGAUCUGGCUAGAACGUGAUAGAAAACUGAUCCAUCUUUUCAGAGGAGCCCAUCUGAAUUACCAUCGUUCUGUCCUGUCCUGGGGCAUAAUCAAUGCAACUUACGAAUUCCUGCUAAAGCUAUUAUGAAAAAUACUGUCUCCCUUUGCAGUAUUUCUGUUCACUUGGGUAUUGGCACACUUAACCCUGGAGAGCAGAUUAGUUUGAGACUUUCUGUGAAUAACAUAGAGUAUCAUGAAACAUGAGAGAAUUGAAGGCAGCAGUUGUUUCAGUAAGGAGAUGAGUGCCUGCUUAGUAUGAAAAGUAAACUUGGUCUUCAAUAUUUAUGGGGUGAAUGAUGGUGCAUCUAAACCUUGAUGCAGUUAAGACUAACUCUGAAGUAUUUAUGCACUGGCAGUUCAGUUUGCCUGUAAUGGAAUUACUAGACAAAUGCAAGGCUUAAAACAAAAACAAAAAACUUGUAUUAGUCCAGUAGCUUAUUCCAUAUCACUCCCACAAUUUUUAACACUCCCAGUGAUUGAAAAUGCUUCACUGUGUGCAUUGUAGAAUAUGAAAGUCAAGGAGGGCCUGAUGAAAGCUACUUUUUUUUCUUGAUAUACUUCAAAACCUUGAUAUAAGAACUACAUUUUCAAAUGUUUGGGAGUUCUAAGUUAUCCUUAUGGUUUCAAACUACGUGGAUGAGUCCAGAUAAGGAUGACUGAUUUCUUGAACUUAAAUUAAGCUGAUGCCAUCUGUUCUGCCAACUAUUUUACUGCUUGGCUUUUACAUGAACUGUUCAUUCAGCAAUGUAAAAGCAGUUACUGAAUGUUUAACUUCAGUGUGAGCUGACCCCAGUUCAAAGUGGGAUUGUGUAUGUGUAUGUGUGUGCCUUGAUGUGAAAAGGGAAAUGGGGAAAGAAUGAAACAGCAGUUUUACUUAAAGCUUUAAAGUGACCUUCCUUGUUAAAAACCUAUUUGUGAAUAUGGAGUACUUGAUUUUUCUGUGGGGUUUUUUUUUUUUUGAAUUUGUUUCUGUUGUAAACAGCUAUGGUGCCAGAAGGAUGGCUGCUCUCUCUGUAAUGUUAAUACAAUAAAUAGUUCAGCUUCCCCUUGUUAAAAGUAGUUCACAAACAGUUCUUUUGUACUGAGGUAUCUUACGUGUUUUGCAUUUUGCAAAUUAUUUGUUUCAUAUGGGCUGUGGUGUAAUUGUGGCAGUUCUAUCCACUUUAUGCAAACUCUAAACAACCUGUAAGACAGAAUCAUAUGUCAGCACUGACAAGAUGAGAUUUCUGGGUAUAACCACUUAAGCAGAGGUCUGUAAGUAUACUGGAGAUCAUACCAGGAGACAGCUGAAGAGGACCUUAGAUGCAGCUAGUUAAGAGAAAUACAACAUUUGGAGAAGCCCUUAGGAACUUCUGUAGGCUUGAGCUGUAGGAAACACUUGUGGAAAUGUGAAGUAUUGUCUGUAUUACAGACUUGGGAGUUGAGAGAGGUAAGACUUAAAGCAUUAGAGAAGAAGACAGGAUGGCAAGCCUGACCAACAACCAGAUGAUUGUCUUAACAAAAACUAUUAGAUUAUCUGUGGGGAGAGGGGAGGAGUUCCCCAAAUGUCAUGAAAUACUCUAUUUUGGGGGUGAACAGGAAAGCUUUCAGAUUCUGUUCUGAAUUGGUCUUUUCUUAAGCUUUAGAGAGGCUAUUACAUUUAUUAUUCAUUUGCUGUACCUGUCCCCAGAGACUGAUUCUAAACAGCUCGUUAUGGAUAUAAUCAUAAUAUAGUACCUAGCUUCACAGUCAAAAUCGCCAGGCACAAGUGAGCAUUAUUUUUAUCUCAGUGUUGUGAUUAUAUGCAUUUAAAUGUCUGUUGAAUAUUUGUUACUUGCAGAAUCUGAUUUUUACUAGUGUAUUGUUUUUUUUGUAAUCACUCCUUGAUGGAAUAAAAAGUAAAUCCUG